CAGAAUAUUUGGAGUCAAAGAUAUGCAAAUAAAUAUGUUGGCUCGAGACAAGGUGUUCUCCAAGGACGAUCAGUUGUUAGCAACCGAAUUAGAUGCAAUGGAUACGGUUGCACGAAAUGCUUUCGAAAAUAGAAUCAGAAUACUGCUGGAGUCAUUCAGGGAUGUCGUUAUCAAUGGCAAUGAUAAUUUCCCAAUCUUGGAUCCCCUGGUUUUAGGGCCUUUAGGCCCCGUAGCCGUUGAUAUUGCUCCUGGUAUACGAGCAAACUUCUUGAUCCCUUACUUCCACUUGGACGGUUUGCGAUGGUACGUGGUGGACGAUGUAACUUUCUCCCCUUUGCGCCUCACCGUGGGACUGCACGUAACUGUGCCCUGGCUGACGUUUACUGGUAAUUACGAGGCUGAUGCUAAACUCGGAUUCCUGACGCUGCAUAGAGCUGGUGGCAAUUACAGAGUUUUUAUCAACCGCUUGGAGGUCGGCGUGGACUUGAGGCUCGGGACCAAUCUUCUAGGUGGACAUCUGGUGCUUCGAGAACUGAAUAUCAAGAUUGACAUACAAGACGUCAAUAUCCGUAUCGAAGGCAUGCUGGGCUCCAAUGUACUCAACAAUUUAAUCAACCACUUCGUACAAAGCAUCACCCGAGACGUCGUUCAAAACGAAAUGCAAAACCUGAGCAAACUGCUAAGCGAACAACUAUUCGACGUCAUCAAUGAAGUGCUUAAGGAUUACACUUUAGCAGAUAUUAUGGACUAA